AUGAACGUUGCGAUGAUAGCAAAGGUUGGUUGGAGAUUACUACAAGAUCACACAAGCUUGUGGGCACGGGUCAUAAGAAGUAAGUACAAGAUCGGCGUGGUUUCGGAGAGACAUUGGAUGCUACCAAAAUCUCAUUGGUCAUCGACGUGGCGGAGUAUCAUGGUGGGCCUCCGGGACGUUCUUAAACUGGGACAGGGCUGGAUUAUCGGAGACGGAAGCGACAUACGGUUCUGGACAGAUAAAUGGGUCUCAGAUAAGCCACUAUUGAAUUUGGAGGCUCUUGUACCGCCGGGAAAUUACGAGGGUGUGACGGCUCGGGACCUAUGGCAAGAUGGAGUGGGAUGGCUGUGGGACCGGAUCGUUCCUUUUGUGUCGGAGAACUCACGUCUUGAGCUAAUGUCAGUGGUGGUGGAUACGGUAACGGGGACAAAGGACCAGCUUUCAUGGAGACCUAGUCCGAGUGGGAAAUUUUCAGUGAAGUCUGCUUAUGCACUUGUUACCAGAAACGAUGCGCCAAGAGUAAAUAUGGAGGAGUUCUUUCGGCGCAUAUGGAAAGUGGAGGAGCCGGAGCGGGUGAGAUUCUUUCUUUGGUUGGCAGGAACUCAGAGUGUUAUGACGAACUUGGAGAGGAAGCGGAGACACCUCUGUGAAUCAGACAUCUGCACGAUCUGCAAGGGAGGUAUUGAAACUCUGAUCCACAUACUCAGAGACUGUCCAGCAAUGCAGGGGAUUUGGAACAGAGUUGUCCCAGUGAGGAGACAGCGAGAGUUUUUCGAGAGUUCAAUCCUCACGUGGCUAUACGGGAAUCUGGGAGAGCAUGGGCUGGUUGAGGGGACCCCGUGGUCAACGACCUUUGCUAUGGCUGUAUGGUGGGGCUGA